AUGGGCGGCCUCGACGAAGAAACCGGGCUCAUCUCCGGGCUUAGAGAGGACCAGCUCAUCACGAACGAGGAGAUGGACACCAUCGUGAGAGAGUGCAUCGAGAGCGCGGUCGGCACGAACAGCUUCCUUCACUCGAAGGUGAACCAGUGGACGUCGAACGUCGUGGAGGGGUGCCUUAAGAAACUCGCGGGCUUGCAGAAACCUUUCAAGUACAUCGUGACGUGCAACUUUGUGCAAAAGACCGGGGGUGGGAUGCACACCGCCAGCACCGCGCUGUGGGACGCGGCGGUGGACGGUAAGCACACGGUGCUGUGGGAGAGCCAGACGAUCCAGUGCAUCGCGACCGUGUACUGGCUCGCCAUCUAG